GUUAUGACAGCGAAUGUGUCAAAACUCACAUGAGAUUGAGGGCAAAAAAUAUAUACACAUACCCACUGUAGAUAUGUACUGCGCGUAGAUAUGUACAAUCAGCAGUGAUCGUGGUUUGUAGGUGUGUUUGUGCCAACAAUUUUGAUUAUGCAAAAGUGUUAGAUAUUAUUCCCUUUAUUAGGAAAAGGUCCUUUAAAAACGAAAGUGAAUUUGAUGCCAAUCGAAUGAAAACAGUUCAAAAUAGGAGAUAAUAUUCAUUAGAAUGAAAUUCUAGUCUUGCCGAGAGAAGGUUGCUGCUGAUUGAAUCUUGUUGACGUCAUUAAGCAUUUUAGCGAUGGGGGAGAGUUUAUGGCAAUUGGAAGAGUUUUGUUAUUCGAUGCAGGCACCACUUUAAACCAAUAAAUUUUGGAACAAAAAUCACAAACAUUUGCAUCUAAAUCAGUAUCUGUGUACAUAUCAAUUCGAGCACCUAUCCCGUAUUCACGUGAACAGUUUGGCAUUAUUUGUAUACCAUUUAGAAUCAUAGAUUUCAAAAGAGAAAUUGUUCGUUAGUUAAGGUCAACGAUGGCAAAGGAACAAGCGAUACAUGCCAUCAGGCAAUUCGGUGAUGAAGGACGUGCUAUAGCGAAUCGAGUUUUCAACGACGGUCAGCUUGUAGCUGUUAAAGAAAAUAUUAAAAAUGUCUGGUUAGAACUACUACAAAAAUUGAAUAAUUUUAAAGAAUCCGCAUCGAACUUUACCAGUCCUCAAUUCUUAGGUGAACAGUUACAGAUAAUUUUUCGAGAUGAAAUUGCCAGGAACAAUCUUUUUUAUGUUUUCAUUGGACUGGGUAUCGGUACAACUUGUGGCUAUAUGAUUGGAUGUUGGGCUGCACGUCCCUAUUAUCCAAGCCCAGUGAUGAAAGCUGUGGCUUGCUUAGCGCUCAAAGAUCCUGAUAAUGUCAUUCCAACGAUGGUGAAAGUGCCCAGCCUGUGUUCAGCAACGGAUAUACUCAUACGAGUACGAGCUGCGUCAAUCCAUCGCAUCGACUAUGAAAUUGCGGGCGGAUAUGGGCGUCAUUUGCGUCGGAUGAUCCAAAAUUAUAAUACGUAUGACCAUCAAGAGUUGCCAUUGGUCAUAGGUCGAGGAUGUGCGGGGAUUGUGGAAGGUGUUGGUCGUAGCUCAAAAAGUGGACUUGAAAUUGGUGAUGAGGUUUGGAUAGCUUCCCCGUGGUAUGAAGCAGGUGUCGCAUCUCAAUUGGUUGUUGCACCGGAAUCACGCGUAUCACGUAAGCCGUUCAUCAUCGGGUUUGAAGGAGCCGCCAGUUUGCCAUACAGUGGCUGCAUCGCAUUAUCCGCACUCCAAGCUGCUUCCUUAGCAGAAACCACUUCCGAGGGAAAGCGUGUUUUAGUUUUUUCUGGUUGCUCUCCAGUGGGAUGCGUUUUAACGCAGUUACUAAAAAAAUGGGGUGCAUUUGUUACAGCCACUUGUAAUAUACGAUCUGUUCCUGUUAUUCAAGCAUUAGGUGCUGACGACGUAAUAGCGUUCAAUAGUGAUGACAAAAUCUAUGAAUUAGAAGAGCGAGACCUUUUGCUAAAGGAAUUGACAAUCAGAGAACACUACGACGUUGUAUUUUUAACCACAUCGCAAGCAUAUAAUCGAGAUUUCAUUAGCAAAUUUCUAUGCAAGGGCGGCACUAUCAUUGACACAGUAGAAAAGCGAUUAUUAUCCGACGAAUAUGGAAUUUUCAUGCGAUUUUUAUGCUCCAUUUAUGUAAGACUGGAAAAGUGUAUAGCGUACGUAUUCAAGACGGAAUCUGAUUGGGGCGGUCCACACAUAUGCCAUCGGGCCCUCGAUCGAUUGGCUGGGUACGUGAAUGACGGCGUUUUGCAGACAGUAGUCGAUCAGGUGUACACGCCGGACGAUGCCGAAAAGGCCAUAGCUCAUAUCUGUAGCGCAAAAGCCAUUGGUGGUACGAUAGUCACGUUUAGAUCCUAAUGAAUUCUUAGUUAAUGACUUACUUAGCAGCGGUCAAAUCGGAGAAAUUACAAGUAUUUUGUAUCAAAACCUCGAAAACAAAUAGGCUCUGUGAAGCAAAUGCAACUUAACUCAACGAUUUCAAUUCGCAUGUGACAAAGUACUACCUUUUUAUUGUUUGUUUUAUUCUAUAUACGUUGUGAUAACCCAAAAGUAAAAAUGAAUUGUACAAAUGACCGAAAA